CAAAAAAAGAAAUAAACAAGGAAAGGUCCACUAGAUCAACAGGGAACGAAGUAAGCAUGAUUUGCAAAGAAGAAGUAAUGGAGCAGUUCACUUCUAGCGAGGAGCACGGUGGCCACGUGCCGAAAUGGGGCCCACGCAUCGGCUUCUCGGCACCGGACUGAGCCCAGCUACACGCUGGUGUGGCGCGUGUCACCUUGGGUGGCGCGUGUGGUGGUGUGGUGGCGGUGAUAUGAAAAGAAUGAUUUUUUUUACUUAGCUUUUUCUAGAGUUUUUACUUGCAAGUUUUUACCUUUCACUUGAAAGGGUUUUUCUUGGUUUACUUAGGACAAGUUUUAAUUUCUGUUAUUUAGUUGAUAUAAACUUCCUAAGGUUGUUAGGAAAGUUUUUAGUUAAUUAGAGUUUGUUUAGGAUUAGUUUUCCUAUUCUAAUUAGAAGUAGUUAUUCUAUUCUAGUUAGGAUGCUUGGAGAACAAGGUUAGGGGUUUGUCCUUAUCCUUGUGGGAGUAGAAUUAGUUGCCUCCUAUGUCUAUAAAUAGGGGUAAUUUUCAUGGAUUUAGAUAUAUAGAAAAUCAGAUUAAUUUCAAUACAAAUUGUUUAACUUUGUUUAAACUUUUCUUUGCUAGUUUUCAAUUCAAGGAGUUGUUUUGAUAAUUAGAACGUUCAAUUCUUAGUUCUAAGAGUAGUCUAAGUUUUUUUCAUUAAAAUACUUAGAUCCAGGAGUGGUCUAAGUAGUUUGAGUAGGCAUUAUUCGUUCUAGGAGUGGUCGUUUUCAAAGUCAUAUCUGGUUCGUUGUUCUUAGAUUCUUCGAUUUUUCUUAAGGAAUUUGGAAGGAUUGUGUUACUUGUGUGAUUUUAGAUUAUUUAAGGGGUUAAAAUCCACAUCAUUUCUUCACGAAAAUCUCUCUUUUCUCACUUAAAAUCUUAGUAGAUCUUAUUUCUCAUAUUCAUUUUCAAUUCUUGGGUAUUUUCGCUGUUUGGAGGUAUAAACUGUACAAUAGGAGAAGCUUUCGGGUUGGAUUUUCGCUCAUUUUCUUCAACUUUCUUUGCUCCAAAAUCACAAUGUAAGUGUUCAAACUUGUUUCUCAUAGAUUAUGUUCAAAUUUGGUACACAAUUAUGCCCAAUUUUCGGAUUUUUCGAAAGAUACCCAUGAAAAAUCAAUUUGGGGGUUUUUUGUGUGAUGCUUGUUUGUCAAAAAUGUUUGUCUCAUGGUGUAGUAUAUUGAUUGGUGAUCGUUUUGAUAUUAAAUGUAUGUAAUUUUGGUAAGAAACGAACAAAUUAUGACCACUCUAAGAGCUUAGUAGGAACUCUUUAAAGGAGUUUCCUCCAUUGUUGAGGUAUUACUCAAGCUUUGUAUUUUUAGGAAAAUUAUGCUCAAAAUAUGUUUCUUGGAUAAUACUACUUUGUUUGUGAAGAACAUAGUAUCAUGCGGUUUAGGUGAACUUUUAUUAUGCCGUAGAGACAAUUAGGAAAUAAUAUGAGAUUUUUAAACUAAUCUUGCUCUGAGGAAAAUUAGGGUGAAAAAUCCAUAAAAAUUUUUAAGCCCCAAAAUAUAUUAAUAAUGAAUUUUUAAUAAGUUGUGGACCUCUCAAGUAGCAUAACUCGCCGUCAACUGCGGGGUUCGGGGUUGAGCUCUCGACCUGACUACAGGGAAGGUUCUCUGGUCGAGGAGGGUACAGUGCACAUUCGAGGUAAGGGGCGUGCCUUUGUUAAUCGAGUACGAGUGUGGUCGCCACCGGAGUCGUGGGAUGGUGAGACGGUGUUCUUGGAGCCGGACCACCAUAUCUUGGAUAGGAUCCAAACUGGUUUGCCUGACGAGAACAUAGUUCGUACUCACGGGUCGGGUAACGAACUUAUCUUGGAGAUGUACGCUGAUCUGGUGACUGACCCAGAGUUGGUUACUGACCUCUACAGGGCUGUAGAGCCUCUCCAUCGUCUAGAUGAGGGCAAGGCCAUUGUUCGUGGUAUCCUAGAGUUUUUCUGGGACACUACGAACACUUUUCAUUUUCCGUGGGUUGAGAUGGCUAUCACCCUACUCGACUUCUCUGUGAUCAACAGACUCGAGUUCUGCUUGCGACUUGUGAGGGUUGAUCCUGACAUUUUGGUUACUUUCGGGUUUAGUUCGAGGCUAUUGGGCCCGAUUGUUUCCCGGCUACGAGAGGAGCAGCAGGGGAGGAAGGUGUCAAAGAAGUCAGUGAAGUCGGCUUCUCUUGCUAAUGGGUUUUACAUUGAGGAUACUACUACCGAGCAGAAGAUCCGGAUCUUUGUGCUCAUCCUCCUCUCCGAAGUAUUUCACCUAACCGGAGCACUCAGUCUCUGUUGUGUUACUUGAGGUCUCAAGACUACCUCACUCACAUUGGCUCAUAUGACUGGGUCAAUUUGGGUCAUGUUGAUCUACUUUUAGGCCUCCAUCGCGGGUGUCAACAGUAUAGUGCGGCAAUUGAGGUGACCGUAUCUGGCUUCUGGAUGGUCGUAGAGGUAUGGUUCUACGAUUACUGCUAGACCCUUGCGCCUGCCCGACCGAGCGAUUUGGCUUUUCCGGUCGGUACCAGAUGGUCGACCGCGUGCUGGGUAGAUUCUUUACCUUGGAGAGUGUCCGAGCGGCAAUAGGAGAGCGCCCUGUGGUCACCUAUUCUCCCUGGGUGACAAUCGAUCAGCGUCCAUACGCCAUACGCCCUGACUCUAACUUCUCAGAUGAGGAUCUUAUGAGGCACAUAUGCUCCGAUGUGGUAUCUAGGGGAGAAAGUUAUUUGUCAGCACUCCUCUCAGACUUUCUUCGUUCCAGGGAGGCCUCCUUCAUCGAUGCUACAUGUUGGUCGGCUACGGGAGUAUACCAGAAGUAACACCUGGUCUACCGAUUUUCGGGAAUUGGUACAGACUAGGCCGGACUAUGAGCUCAUGAUGAUACCGAUACUUGCUCCUUUUCCUGAGCCUGAGGUAGUUGUUUUCCCUCAUAUAGCUCCUAUUUCCUUUUUAUGUUUUUCAAGGAUUAAUACUUCCAUUUUUCAGGAGUCUGGUGACUUCUCUUACCCUCGACUUUCUCUCCGAUACGCAAGACCAUAUGGGACGGUUAAGGAGGUAAUCCUUGAGACGCCUAAGGAGUGGCGUAUUGCUGAGCGAUCCCUCCCCCGGUCUGUGAGAUUGCUUCCACGCGAGGGGGUGAUGCACUUGCUACGGGUAAUUGAUGCUUGUAAGUAUCAAUUGAUUCGCUGGAGUCACCUCGUGACCUGCCGAGAUGCAGAUGCGGCUUGUUCGACAGGGCACAUCCUCCUCCGAGGCAGAGUGGCUCGGGAGAAUUUGGUGCCGAAGGCCUUGGUCACCAAGGAAUUGGCGAGUCUUCGCAGUAGGGUGCUGCGCGUGGCGAGAUGAAGAUUGAGGACCCAUACCUCGUCAUUCUCCAGCGAUAGCUCCUAGCUCCAGGUGUUCGUCCUCAGAGUUCGGAUCGGAGAGCUUGCAGGGUGGUAGUUUUUCUUGGCCUAUUGGUCCUCCACCUCUGUCCAUGGGUCCUCUGUUUCAGCCGUUCGGACAGCCUGGUUUUGGAGCUCUGAUGAGGCCCCUGUUCAUGGGCUCACCUUUCGGAGGCGUUAUUCCUGGGUCGGAGCUUUAGCAGUUCGUGUCAGGCGGUCAAUAGUAUAUAGCUUGGAGGGGUCCUGCUCUCCAUAUUCCUCGUCCUGGUGGUGACGGUUAGAGCCAGGAGGCGACGCCGCGGACACGGAUGUGGGACGAUCUUACCAGAGGGCCCCUUCCGUCUUCGGGGACUUAGAUGUUUGUUAUUGUUUCAUGUUUUGUUUCAUUUGACUUGACCUGUAUAUUCGUUGACUGAUCUGUACUUACUAACUUUGUGUUCAUUGAUUUACAUUGACUAUUUUUGUAUAUACAUAUUUAUUUAGA